UCUAGAGGACGAUAUAAAUGGUAUAUACCAUGCGAAGACGGAUCAUUCUAUUAAAGAUUUUUGCUACACAAGGAUAAAAUGAUUUCAAGUUAUUUGGCGAUUUUUUGUGUGGGUUUGGCGGGCUUUACAAGUGCUGUGAGAGAUAUACCCGACUACAUCCACGUGUGCAAAAGGUCUGACCCCCAUGUGGCCAAAUGCAUCCGAGAGUCAGUCGAAGUCCUGAGACCUCGCCUGAGACAAGGAAUUCCCGAACUGGGAGUUCCUUCACUGGAGCCACUUCACAUUAACGAGAUCACAAUAUUUAGAGGUGACCCACCUAGCAAUCUGAAAGCUUUCCUCCGGAACGUUAAAGUUCAUGGAGCCAGUGACUUCCAAAUAACCAAACUGAAGGUGAAUGUGGACAAAAACACGUACCGUGUCGGAGUGAAGUUCCGGAAAAUGUCCUUUGACGGCGACUACGACAUCGACGCCCGAGUCCUUGUCGUGCCGAUUAAAGGCACCGGAAAGUUCACAGCUGAUAUUAGUGAUGUUGAUGGUCAGGGCGUUCUCAAGGCUGAAAUCAGUGAGAAGAACGGACAUCGCGAGAUCAAAUUCACUUCCUUUGAUUUCGCAAUCAAAAUUGCCGAUUACAACAUCCACCUUGACAACCUGUUCAACGGAGAUGAAGUCUUAAGUCGGGCUGCCAUGGAUGUGAUCAACGACAACAAAGCCGAGUUUAUUCAAGCCGCUCUGCCGUUCAUUCAGAGAAAAACCGCGGAAAUUCUCCUAGAUGCGGCGAAUAAAAUCACUGAGGAUUUAGACUACGAUCAAGUUUUCCCCGAGAAAUAAACUUCGGAGCUCAAGUAUAUUAUUCUGUGAUUUAGGUGGAUUCUUUAGCUUUUGUACAAACUCUGUAUAUUUCCGACUUUGAAAAUAAAACUUUACAACUAAA